AUGAACUCCUACAUGCAAGGUAAGAUGAUACUCAUCCCACCUCUCUCCCGUAUCAACUCAUCCCACCUCUCUCCCAGUCAUCAGAUCAUCCCACCUCUCUCCCAGUCAUCAACUCAUCCCACCUCUCUCCCAGUCAUCAACUCAUCCCACCUCUCUCCCAGUCAUCAACUCAUCCCACCUCUCUCCCAGUCAUCAACUCAUCCCACCUCUCUCCCAGUCAUCAGCUCAUCCCACCUCUCUCCCAGUCAUCAGCUCAUCCCACCUCUCUCCCAGUCAUCAACUCAUCCCACCUCUCUCCCAGUCAUCAACUCAUCCCACCUCUCUCCCAGUCAUCAGCUCAUCCCACCUCUCUCCCAGUCAUCAGCUCAUCCCACCUCUCUCCCAGUCAUCAGCUCAUCCCACCUCUCUCCCAGUCAUCAGCUCAUCCCACCUCUCUCCCAGUCAUCAGCUCAUCCCACCUCUCUCCCAGUCAUCAGCUCAUCCCACCUCUCUCCCAGUCAUCAGCUCAUCCCACCUCUCUCCCAGUCAUCAACUCAUCCCACCUCUCUCCCAGUCAUCAACUCAUCCCACCUCUCUCCCAGUCAUCAACUCAUCCCACCUCUCUCCCAGUCAUCAGCUCAUCCCACCUCUCUUCCAGUCAUCAACUCAUCCCACCUCUCUCCCAGUCAUCAACUCAUCCCACCUCUCACCCAGUCAUCAACUCAUCCCACCUCUCUCCCAGUCAUCAACUCAUCCCACCUCUCUCCCAGUCAUCAACUCAUCCCACCUCUCUCCCAGUCAUCAACACCUCUCUCCCAGUCAUCAACUCAUCCCACCUCUCUCCCAGUCAUCAGCUCAUCCCACCUCUCUACCAGUCAUCAACUCAUCCCACCUCUCUCCCAGUCAUCAACUCAUCCCGCCUCUCUCCCAGUUAUCAGCUCAUCCCACCUCUCUCCCAGUCAUCAGCUCAUCCCACCUCUCUCCCAGUCAUCAGCUCAUCCCACCUCUCUCCCAGUCAUCAGCUCAUCCCACCUCUCUCCCAGUCAUCAGCUCAUCCCACCUCUCUCCCAGUCAUCAGCUCAUCCCACCUCUCUCCCAGUCAUCAACUCAUCCCACCUCUCUCCCAGUCAUCAGCUCAUCCCACCUCUCUCCCAGUCAUCAGCUCAUCCCACCUCUCUCCCAGUCAUCAGCUCAUCCCACCUCUCUCCCAGUCAUCAGCUCAUCCCACCUCUCUCCCAGUCAUCAACUCAUCCCACCUCUCUCCCAGUCAUCAACUCAUCCCACCUCUCUCCCAGUCAUCAACUCAUCCCACCUCUCUCCCAGUCAUCAGCUCAUCCCACCUCUCUCCCAGCAGACAAGGCAAGCAAGGCAGCCAAGGCAAGCAAGGCAGCCAAGGCAAGCAAGGCAGCCAAGGCAAGCAAGGCAGCCAAGGCAAGCAAGGCAGCCAAGGCAGCCAAGGCAAGCAAGGCAGCCAAGGCAAGCAAGGCAGCCAAGGCAGCCAAGGCAGACAAGGCAGACAAGGCAGACAAGGCAGACAAGGCAGACAAGGCAAGCAAGGCAGCCAAGGCAGACAAGGCAAGCAAGGCAGCCAAGGCAGCCAAGGCAGACAAGGCAGACAAGGCAGACAAGGCAGACAAGGCAAGCAAGGCAGCCAAGGCAGACAAGGCAAGCAGGGCAGCCAAGGCAGACAAGGCAAGCAAGGCAGCCAAGGCAGACAAGGCAAGCAAGGCAGACAAGGCAGACAAGGCAAGCAAGGCAGCCAAGGCAGACAAGGCAAGCAAGGCAGCCAAGGCAGACAAGGCAAGCAAGGCAGGCAAGGCAUACAAGGCAAGCAAGGCAGCCAAGGCAGACAAGGCAAGCAAGGCAGCCAAGGCAGACAAGGCAGCCAAGGCAGGCAAGGCAGUGUUUCUGUGCCAACCCCGCCACCCUACGGCCGCAUCAGCUGCCGUAGUUGAUGAGUUUAUCGGAGCGCCUCCUACGGUCACGUUUCUUGCAGGCACGUCCGACAAUGUGAAGUGA